AUGAGGCUGCUGCUGAAGCUAAGCGACAAAGAGAACUUGAGAGAGAAGCAGCUCGCAAAGCUUUGCAAGAGUGUAAGUAAUGUUGGCUUGCAGAUGGAGAAAACUAUUGACAUCAAUGAAGGGAGCCAUUUUUUGAAAGAUCUUGAAAUGCUCGGAAGUGUCACAGGUGAACAGAUACCCAACUUGGUUGGUGAAACAAGUCCUGGGUUUCAAAUGGGAAGCAACACACUAGAAAAGCUCGGGUUGUACGUGAAAAACGAUGAGGAUGAUGAGGAUGUAUUCGGAUUGUCGGUGUUCAGUGUUUAUCAUCUUUGCUUAUCGUGGCUUCUUUUUCUAUUAGCAGAUGAGAGACCCCUUGAAUUGCUUGCUAAAGCAUAUGCUAUCAACUCUUUUGACAUAGAUCCUCAGAACCCCUCUGAUGUUGUUUUCACGUUAGAAUGGGAACCAAUCGGUGUCCUACCUUGUGGCGAGAAGAAAGAUAAUUUUUACUACCAAGCUUCCGAAUGGGUCAAGGGCAAGCAAGUGGAGGAAGUAGUAGCCAUCAAGAACACCGAGAUUGCGAAGCACCUGUCUCUUCCACCAGUGAAGCUCCACUGCAGCAUGCUCGCUGAGGACGCGAUCAAGGCCGCUGUGAAGGAUUACGAGGCAAAGAAAGGGAAGAAGAUGGCCAAGGCAGAGGAGCAGGACACCCCAUGCCCGUAAGAGCGACAUGUAGUAACCUGAAGCGAGCAGAGAGUACUGUAUGUAGUAUGUAACGGGUAACGAGCGAGGUACUCGUGUGUGCCUAAAGAAGCAUGUAUGUAAUGUAAAGCUAGGUAACAACGAUGUUUGGGUUUUCAUAGAAUAAGCAACCUUGUCGCGCGUAGUGUUUUUUUUCCUGCUCUGCACAUAAAUAAGGUCUGCCCGUUGCUC